UUUCUAACUUAUAUUUUCAAUUCUUUUUAUUUUUGUAAUUACAAUAAAUUCAUUACACGCACACACACAAUUAAAAUAAAAUGGAAUUCUGCUUAAUUGCGCUAAAAACUGCUGUGUCCGAGGCCGACAUUGUUGCUGCACCACCAAUCGCAAAGCUCGCUGAGUCUCAGGAGUUUAGUGCCUACUGGAACCUCCUGCAGCUUUUCUCUUUCGGAACAUUGAGUGAAUACAGAGCAGCCAGCGCGCAGCUACCAGAGCUCAGCGAGCAGCAGAUAGAGAAGCUCAAGCACUUAACAUUGGUGAGCUUGGCUUCUGAUUUUAAGAUUCUCGAGUACGACCUGCUCUUGAAGGAGCUAGACUGCCAGAGCGAGCAGCAGAUGGAGGAUCUUGUUAUUGAGGCAACGUACAGAAAGCUCCUGUCGGGCAAACUGGACCAGCAGCGGCGGCUCAUCGAAGUGGACUACGUCAUUGGCCGUGAUGUGCGCAGAGAGGACUUGCAGAAGAUAUUCAACAGCCUGAAUUACUGGUCGCUGGUCUGCGAGGAUGUUCUGGCAGACAUUUCAAAGAGCAUCGAGCUGGCAAAUUCGUCGGUCCUUACGAAGAGAAAGGAAGAGCGCGAGUUUGCGAAUGCUCUUCAGGAGGUUCGCGCGUCUCAGUUUGCAUCGUCCAAGGCCCGGAAGUCUGGGGGCGAGUCCGUGUUUGAGCCACAGUACGCCAGCUCUGAGUACCAGCGCGAGGACAUAAGGACCCGCGGCCGGGCGCCAUAAAUACAUAUGUUCUUUUCUGGUCAUGGCCCAUUCAAUUUUGAAUAAAUAAUAUUACACACUGACUUUUUAUCUG